AGAGAGAGGAAGAGAAUAGAAGAUACUCGGAGAGAUCGGUUCGAAAGAUAAAAUAGGAUCGUCCGAGCUAUUAUCAUAGAGGGGGGAGGGAGAUACGCAUCAAGAUUUGAAGAUAUAUAUAUAUUUUUUUUUUUUUUUGUUUCAUCAAAAUGAUGGGGUCGCGGAAACGCUACGAUGAUCAACACUUACACCUCGGCGUAUCAAGUUCACCGUCACCGUUCAAUAAGGAAUAUCAAUUUGUUAUCGACGAGUGUAGUUACUUCGUUCGCGAGUCCCGAUUACGCAUCAGCAUCACCAUUAUCAACAACAAUAUCACCAACACCAGUUUCAGUCACGAAUCAUAAAGGUGUCAGACGCUGCUGUUGUGAAUAUAAAUAAAAAGCCACGAAGAAGAAACAAAGAUAUGCGGAUUUUCGUGCGGCUGACUAAAUCGGAAGACGGUGCAAGGAGGCAGGGAAGGGCGGACCGCGCGCCGCCCAAUCGGUGUUGCAUCGGUGUAAGUUUUAAAUGACGAAAAUAUUAAUGAGUAAUACACGUACGAAGAUAAUAAGUAAAUAAAUAAAUAAAUAAAUAAAUAAAUAAAUAAAUAAAUAAAUAAACAAAAUAAAGGGAUAGAAAAGAAGUGCGAAAAAACGGAGUGUACAGUGUGAAAUUCUAUCGAGUAAUAAAUAACCUGUGUGUACACCGUGUAUCGUUCUAUUGUUGUUCGAGACUGCCACAUCACUGCAGACAACUAAAUUAUUAUUCGCACUGUAGCUGCGGUUUCUUCAAGUUCCUUCCUGCAAUCGCCAUCGCCGUCAUUGAUGUUUGUUGCAGUGCAUAAUGCGUUAGGUCUGAUGGAGACGGUGGGCAAGCAACUCCAGGUCGUGGGUGGACUCGGUGGUCCGGUUGGGGGAGACCUUCACCACCAUCAUCAUCCCCACGGUGGGCAUGGGCACCCCCUCGUUACCACGGCCACCUCGCCACGGAUUCAGCCCCAGCCCCAGCACAAUCAGCAUCCUCCGGCGAGAUCAACGCCCGCACAGCUGCUCAGGCCGACGCAGGAGUACAUCAGCAUCAAGAGCAGCAGUCCGGUGUCCCCCAGGGCUGGGGGUUCCUACGUCGGUCCCGGGGGUGCGGCAGGUCCUCCAGGAAGUGGAGGCGGCGGAGGCAACCCUGGAGGCGGCUACGUCGCCGUGCCGGGAAGCCUCCGCUACGUCAACCCUUACCCUCCUCCACCCUCUUCGACGCCCGUCAACCAGACACCCCCACCCCUACCCCCGCCCCAGACGGGGGCAGCGGCCGCCGCUGCCUACACCAGGGAUGCCUACAGGAAUGCGGCGUCUAGUGUGAACGAAAGGGUGGCAAUAAGCGUAAGCAGUAGUCCAGUUUCCCAGGUCGGGGUCGGCCUCGGAGGUGCCGAGUACCUGGCUAGCAGCCGCCCCCGGAUAUCCCUACUUCCACCAUCUUCCGUCGCACCUUCGCCAGCAUCCGCUGCUCAGGAGUAUCACGGGACUCCGUCCAGGACGUCGCGGGGUCUGAUGCAAAUGCAGACAGACCAAUACUGCCCGAGGCCUGUCGACAUUAACGCUCUUCAGGAUGCACCUGCCUUCAAAAAGAUCCGGCUAAGUCAGCCUCAAUCCUCGAUUCAAGGUCAAAACUCUGAUGUCUGCAUCAAGCAGGAGCACAUACAGCUCCAACAGCCGCUUAGGAUAGAUACACGGGAGCAGCCGACGGCAGGUGCAUACACUCCACAAACAGAGGCAAUUUCGCCAACGUUGCCAGAGCCUGGAACGCAGGAAGAUGCGCAGUUCAGGACUACAAAAGAUGAUUUGCUGCAACAGAUUGCUAAAGUAGAUAGGGAGAUCGCUAAGGCUGAAUCCCAAAUCAGUAAGUUGAAGAAGAAACAGCAAGAGCUUGAAGAGGCAGCGAACAAACCACUCGAAGCUCCUGGCAUGAAGCGACCAGUCGAAGAACAGUCGCAACAACCCAAGCAUCAAUCUCUGGCCCAAAAGAUAUAUGCAGAAAACAGAAAAAAAGCCCAAGGAGCUCAUCGGCUUCUGGAUACAUUGGGUCCAAGGGUUGAACUGCCUCUGUAUAACCAACCUUCAGACACGCCGGUUUAUCAGGAAAAUAGGAGUAGGCAUCAGGCGUGUAUGAGAGCCAGACUGGUAGCGAGAUUGAGGAGGGAGCAUGUCGAACGUGCUUCGCUGCACCGACAACAGUCUCACACUUAUGCUACUUUGGUCCAAGAAUGGCAUCGCAAGGUUGAUCGCUUAGAAAGUACUCAAAAGAAGAAGACUAAGGAAAGUAAGAACCGCGAGUUCUUCGAAAAGGUCUUUCCUGAAUUACGCAAGCAAAGAGAAGAUAAGGAGCGCUUUAAUCGUGUUGGGGCUCGGAUCAAAAGUGAAGCGGACCUUGAAGAGAUUCUGGAUGGCUUACAGGAGCAGGAGAUGGAAGACAAGAAGAUGCGUUCAUAUGCUGUGAUACCUCCAUUGUUGUUGGAUACAAAGCAGAGGCGAAUUGCCUUCCAGAAUCGGAACGGCCUUCUUCAACCUGAAGAACUGGAAGCUCUGCAUAAUGAACGGCGUCUAAUCAAUGUCUGGAGUCCAAUGGAGCACGAACUUUUUAAAGAAAAAUACUUACAGCAUCCUAAAAACUUUGGAGCGAUAGCUCAAUCCCUUGAACAUAAAUCCGUACCAGAUUGUGUUCUGCAUUAUUAUCUCACUAAAAAGACAGAGAACUACAAACAGUUAUUACGAAAGUCUAGACAACGCACCCGCAGCUCUCGAAAUAAUCCUAAUAAUAAGGUAAACAAUAGCAACUCGGGAAUUGGGUCGAUAGAUAUUCUCACUCCUGGUGUUACGACGAGGCUUCAGCGAGAGCAACAGCAGAAGACGCAGGAGAAUCCUCAGAGCAACGCCACAACGAAUACGACGAAUACAACAGCGACAGUGGCAAUGACAACGGCAUCUACGCCGGCCAGUACGGCCGCUGUUACCGCUGCAAGUACUGUCACAUCUUCGAGUACAUCAAGUUCGAAUACCCUCACAGACGCAUGUACAACGACCACCACAAUUACGCUUACCACAACUGCCACAACGAGCGUUACGACUACUCCAACAACGAGUAGUGCGAAGGACGCUAAAGAUGCGAAUAAAGAAAACAAGGACAGUAAAGAAGGCCUUAUCAAAGACAUCAAAGAGGAAUCGCACUCUAGUUCCGAAACAGCCUCUGUAAAGGAUACAAAACCCAUAGUAGACAGCAAGACGGUGUUGUCGACGUCAAUAAAUGUCAGUACACCGGGCAUUCUGUCUUCGCAAACAGAUGGAAAAGAUAAAAAAAAAGCUGGCAACGGAAAUGGCGGUAAUGUCAGCAGGACAAAGGAUAAGAAGAAGGAAAAUCACGUAACCCCUAUGGAGACCAGCGACGAAGAGGCACCUCAUCCGAUGGAGAUCAUUGAAGGUGGCAGGCAGUUGGGACCGCACAGUUGCGCCGUUUGCCAGAACACGGUUGAGGGUGGAGGGCAAAGUCGAGCCUUGUCUAGGAGUCAGGCAUCUCAGUAUGGGCUGAGAGAAGACCAGGUGGGACCCGGAGCUCGCGUCUGCAACACAUGCAGGUGUAAAGUUGUUCGUGGACGAUAUACCGCGUGUCCACUUCCUGGAUGCCCAAACUUGAAUAACGCCAAUUCGAACUCUAAGACACGGGUGAAACGCCUUCGAGCACUGCCGUCCAAAUGGAACGACCUUCCACCUGAGAUACGUGACCCGGUGGUACAGGAAUUUCAGAUUAGUAGUAACGUAACGAAAUGCUGCUCGGCAUGUUUCAACCGGAUAUCUAGGCGUCUUGCUCCCCAUUUGACGGGGAGUGCAGAUAACGUGGAAGACGUGGAUGGACCGGGACGUCAAUGGACGGACGAGGAAUUGGAACAACUGAAGAGAGCCUUGCGGGAGCACGGAACUAACUGGCCUAAGGUGUCCGACCAAAUAUCUGGGAAGACUAAUCAUCAGUGCAAAAACUACUAUUUGACGCACCGAAAAAAGUUGGGACUUGACCAGAUAGUUGCAGAAUAUUACCAAACUCUUGGCAAAGAAAGGCGGCCCUGUCUUACGGAUGAAGAAGAAAGCGGUAGCAGCACGAGUAGCUGUGAUGAGCUUGCUGUGCAUGAUUCGAGCGACACGGCAAGUGCCGGUAGUCCGACAAACACGAUUACGAGUACCAACAUGCCUGUUGUUGUAACGAAAAAUACUGUCUUGUCCUUGCCGAUGCCGUUGCAACAAUCUGAAGAUUCAAAGCAUACAGAAAAACUUGCAGAUAUGGCAGUUGUCUCGUUAGUACCACCUCCAGUAGCUAUAGUAACUCCUCAGCAGCCGUCUACUGGUGGUGGACCACCUCCAGUAGCCAGUAGAGAGGAUUAUGACAGUUCAGCUACGGAGACGGCGGACGAGGGUCAGGGUGGCGCAGAGUUGGACAACUCUAGCAUCGUUGUUACACUGAGUUCGAACACCAAUGCCGCGACGAUUUUACAGCAGCAACAACAGCAGCAACAACAGCAACAGCAACAACAGCAACAACAACCACCGCUGCCGAAUCACUCACCUCCUUCGAAACCCGCCAAUAGCAAUCCUCUAACUGUUAAGGACUUGAUGCUUGGCAUGAUAGAAAUGCAGUUGAAACGGAACCCGAACAGUCCUGCCGGAAACGGGUCAACUCUUCCCGUCAGCUCGGGCACUCCGACGAUCUCGAGUAUAUUGAAGACAGAUCAUCGAAGUGACAUCAGCUUCGCCCGCGAGUAUAAAUCCGCAAACGUGCCACCCACCUCCGGCAGGGAUUCUGGUCUAGCUACCCUGUCUGUUGUUUCCGGUCCUCAUCACGGGCACCAUUCCACACCUAGUCCACAACACAUUGGUCAAAUGCAAGCGACCAUAACACCUUGUCCACCGCCACCUCCUGGAAGUCAAACUCAAUCAUCAGACAUUUUACCCAAAGAAGGACUGGUUGUGAUGCAAGUACAGCAGGCU